AUAUGUUGCUAGUCGGACUUGUAUUCCAGUUACACUGAAACCAACGCUACUUGCUGGAGAGAAGCCUGCUCAGCGUAGUGUUUUGGUCAUGUUGAAGAAUGUUCUGAGCAGGUUGGUGACAGAAACAGGUCGUGUUCACCGUCAUGUGAAUCGCGCUUCGUCCAUACAGACGCUGACAACCUGCCGUGUGUCGGUGAGGAGCUUCGCCGAGGUGAAGGACGAGGUGCAGCUUCCUUUCGACUCCUCCCUGCUGGAAGUACUGGUCUGUCCGCUGUCCAAGAAGCCACUGAGGUACGACGCCAACACCAAUGAGCUGAUCAACGAGGAGCUCGGCAUCGCUUAUCCCAUCGUUGACGGCAUUCCAAACAUGAUCCCGCAGGAGGCCAGGCUGAUACAGAAAGACACUCAAACUCCAAAGACACCUGCAGAGUAGAAUAUCUUUGUUGGACCGAAC